UCCAAAAGGUUGCAGCAUGGAGAAGCGGAAAAAAGGAAUGACGAUUCCCUUCCCUUUACCCAUAUUUCCGAAACCAAUCAAAAUUGCACUGAUAAUUGUAGUAAUGGCCGUUGCCAUUCUUGGUGAAAGGGUGUACAAAAAUGCUACUCUAUUAGAGGAUGAACAAUAGAACACACAAAGCACUCUCUCUACUCUCUAUCGCCAUAAAAGAUCCACUGAACUUGAAGCUUGGACUAUAAGAUUCUUGCCAUGGCGGCUGCGGCAGCACCAGCAGUGGCGGUGAACGGUGGAAUGAAGGUAACGUCGUUGGCGUAUUUGGAGAGCAAAGCAGUGAAGGACACUAGGACUCUUAUAUCGGAGCUGUGCCGCCAGUUCUACAACCUUGGAUGGGUUGGUGGAACAGGUGGGAACAUCACCAUUAAGGUCCACGAUGACUCUGUCCCGAGAAAUCAACAGCUUAUCGUCAUGUCCCCUUCUGGUGUGCAAAAGGAGAGAAUGGAACCAGAGGACCUGUAUCUAUUAUCUGCAAAUGGGUUUAUCUUGUCAUCUCCAUCUCCUAAGCCUUAUCCCUACAAGCUUCCCAAGUGUUCCGAUUGUGCAUCUCUUUUCCUGAAGGCAUAUGACAUGCAGAAUGCCGGAGCUGUGAUUCACAGUCAUGGCAUGGAAUCUUGUAUUGUAACAAUGCUCAAUCCAUUGUCAAAAGAAUUUCGGAUUACUCAUAUGGAGAUGAUAAAGGGAAUCCAAGGGCACGGCUACUAUGAUGAACUUGUGGUCCCAAUUAUAGAGAAUACAGCCUAUGAAAAUGAGCUCACAGAUUCUUUUGCUAAAGCGAUAGAAGCCUACCCUAAAACAACAGCCGUUCUUGUCCGCAACCAUGGAGUCUAUGUUUGGGGAGACUCUUGGAUCAGUGCUAAAACUCAGGCUGAAUGUUAUCACUAUCUAUUUGAUGCUGCUAUUAAACUGCAACAACUUGACCUUGACUGGUCUACUCCAAGCCACAGUCCCAUUCAGCAUAUCAACGGAUUUGUAGGACGUAGUGGACUCACAAAUGCAUCAGCUAAGGCAGGAACCAAGGACUCAAAUUAUGAAGUUGAGCUAUUGCCACGUUGCAUUGUUCUUGACAAUGAAGGAAUAACUACUCCCAAAUCCUUUGUUGCUGACGUUCUCUUUCCGUAUGCCCUGCACAAUGUUGGGAGGCAUUUGUCCACAACAUAUGACACUACAGCAACUCAGGAUGACAUUAAGUUGUCGCGUUCUCAAGUUCAGGGUGACCUAGAAAAAGGUGUUAAUGGUGCUGUACCAAUCCCUCCAGAUCAUGUAUGGAAAGAGGAGGUGAUUGGAGCUAUGAUCGCUAAUGUGGAAGAAAUGAUAAAUGCUGACCGGAAGAUUACUUCCUUAAAACAAUUGCUAGGUCAUAUAUGGCAAACUGGAUUUGAAAAUAAUGAAUUGAAAGUUGUAGUUUUUGAUGAUGUACCAAAAGCUCUGGAGAAAUGGCAUGCGUUCGGCAAGAAGGUGUACAUAUAUUCUAGCAGUAGCAGGUUAACCCAAAGGCUAAUAUUUGGAAACACAAAUUAUGGGGAUCUACGAAAAUACUUGUCUGGAUUUUUCGACGCCAUGGUUGGAAAUAAAAAAGACGCACGCAGAUACAUUGAGAUUUCUGAGUCCCUUGGAGUUGAUAAACCAUCUGAGAUUUUAUUUGUGACUGAUGUCUUACAAGAAGCUGUAGCAGCAAAAGCGGCAGGUUUGGAGGUGAUUAUUUCCAUCCGUCUGGGAAACUUUCUUCUUCCUGACAAUCACGGGUUCAAGACAGUCCACUCUUUCUCUGAAAUCUGAAAGCUGACAUAACCAUGGAGAAUUAUAUGCAUGAUUAAAUUUUUCUUGCUUAUAUUUGGAAAGUAUUUCUCUAUGGAAACAAAAAUCCUUCUCUCUUAUAAAC